AAAAACUAUGGCAGAAUGGAAUCGAGCGAAACGGAAACGAAAAACCAUCGAAAUUCAGUAUACGGGCCUGGCCUCAAAUUCGACGCUAAAAGUGACAAAAGUGACCGGAAAACACUUGGAAUCAAUGGGAAUUCCAGGAAAAUUUGGUUAUGAAGUGUAUCCCGAGGAAGCUGUCUAUCUGAUGGAGACGGGUUCCGCCACGAUUUCCACGUCAUCAGGCCGUGAUCUGAGCCUUUUGGAGGCAUUUUCGAUAUUAGAAGCAAUGUCGGUGCCGAUGAGCAAAUAUGAGGCUUAUAAGCACGUUAAACGAACCGGAUUAGUCGUUUUACGGCCGAGAAAACCAACAAUCGAUUUCGAGCGUCUUCGUCACGUGGAACCUAAGAUUCGCCAGAAAUUCGCCGAAAAAUCGUUCGAAAUGCUCGUAAAUCGACAUACAGUACCCGAGGAGCGUGUUCCGAAUCCCGAUUCGUUUCCGAGUUUCGAGAAUCGAAAUGGGCAAAUUUCAAUGAAAAUGAAAGUACUCCACACAUCGCCGGCGCUCGUCAACUUUCUUCCCUUGGAAAUGCUCGAAUCCAUCCAAACUUCCACGAUUUUACAGAAUCUAAAACCGCCCACACCCAAUCGACCGCCGUGCCGACCGCCGUCUUACUGGCCAUUUGUAGAUCACCAUGUGACAAAUUGGCAGGAAUUCCGAUUUCAGGCCGAGCAGGCCCGACAGGAGACGGUUUUGAGGAGGCUUAAAAAAUUACGCCCACCGUCGCACGCCGAGCUCCGCCGAGAGCGGAUUACUGUAGAAAAUGUGGAUUUUCACGUGUUUUCGCCAGCCUCUUUCUCCCAUCGGCUACCAGCUCGGCCGUUGUUCUCACUAAUUUGUUAUAGCGCCACCGGACCACCGCUGAAAAUUUCGGAGCUCGCCGAGCUCGAAAACGUGGUCUUCGCGAUGGAAGAGGCCGGAAAAGUGAAUUUCGUUGCGAUGAGUGGAGCGUCGAUUGAUCUCAAUAAUUAUUUGUGUUGAUUUAUCGAUUUUUUCGCUAUUUUUAUCGUAUUUGUUGCUCUAUUUUUCCCCCGAAGUUGUUCAAUUUUCAAUAUUCUUGUUCAAACUUCCGCCCAAAAAACUUGCCGGUUAAACUGGGCGCGGGUACGUUAUUUCGUUAUUUCGGAGUGUUGUUGUUUUGAAUUUUAUCGGAAAUCGUUGUGAAAUAGGGGUUUUUAGUGGUUUUAAUGAAUUUUU